AUGGCUUCUCCAUCUUUCCGCACUCUUUUCAACUCUCUCUUCGAUGGUUUGAAGACUGCAGAGGAGAUCGCAGCCACCAUGCUCACCAUCCCAAAGACCCACCCAGCUCUUGUGGUAAGCGAUGGAAAAUACAUGGACCUCGAUCUCGACUUCACAGGUAAGGUACGAAACUCAUUGGUCAAGCCAGAAGCCAAGGCCGGUGAAGAGAUCAUCGACUCUUCCUUCCUCUUGCCCAUGCUCCGCUACUCCAAGACCGUCACGCACAUCACCAUCACCGCCAAAUUCGGCGAUGAUACCAGCCCUGAAUCCGUCGCGGAACUCGACACACUCUUCAAGAACAUGGUCUUGCUCUUUAAUCAAUUCGGGAAGAUCAGCGACAUAUCCUGCUUUUUCAGCGCUCCAGAGAAGGAUCCACUCAGCACUCUCCAGAUUGCUUCGGUCUUCCACGCUCUGGACUUCAAGGGAUGGACCUUGGAGACCAAGAUUGGCAAACAGCCAUGGGAGUUGAUGACUCAGCACUCAGCCAUCGGUAAUGCUUUGUAUACUCGUGCUAUUGGGAAGCAGGUGGAUGAAUUCGUUGAUCUUUUGGCGGCUGAGCUAAAGGAGAAGAACGAUAUUCACGAGGCUCAUGAGGAUGCGCUUUCUAAAUGGAGCUGGUCCUAG